GUACUAUUUGUCUAUUAUUACCAAUCCAAUAUCCAUUCAAAUGUCAGCGUGUAUCAAUAGUUUGGCUAUACUAUAUUUCGGAUUUCUUUUAAUUGAACACUUUUCUUAGAUUUAAUCCUUUAUUCAUGAAGAUUUCUCUCAGAACAAUAUUUUGAAGAAAAAAUGUUCAGGACACUACGGUACAAUUUUGUUCCUAAAUACUCUGCAAUUAUUAUAUCUAAACAGUCUUUUCUAACCAACGAAUAUAAAUGUAUUAACGCAUGGAGUAAACAAACUACAUCACCUAUAUUAACAAAAGUAAAUCUCAAUGAUUUCUAUACAAGCUUGGAACAGCAUUAUUCAUCUAAAGGUGUUGUGAGCGCUAUAGAUGUUGACAUCUUUGCAAACGCUGUAAAGGACCCAUUAUACUUGGACGAGUUAAAGGAUUUGUUACAUAAACUUCGUCUAUCGGCAGAGACUGGUAACACAUUAGAAUCUACUCAUCAUGCUACUGUUAGAAAUUACUUGGAAUUUGGCAAUAUUAAUGAACUUGUUGAAAUUUUGAAAGAUCCUUUAAAUUAUGGAAUCUUCCUUGAUUUCUAUGCAGCUAACUUGUUAAUGGAUAAGUUAAUAACAUCACAGAAUUACGAACUUGCUGCGAAUGUAGCUUCACUUAUAAUGCUUCAAGAAGAUUAUUCAAAUGACAUAACUUGCACAUUGUGUCAAUAUGCAUGUUAUAAAUUUAUUUCGGCAUAUAAACCUCCCUUGGAAGAGAACAAAAAUGAAAAAGAAAAUAACAAAGUAGAGGAAAUUAAAAUAAGAGUCAAGUACUUGCGAAAUGGAUACUUUGACGAUCAUUUUGAUAUAAAGGAUAUUAAACUUUUGACGGGGAAGACUCUAGCUUGGAUAUCAAAACAAUUCCAAGACAACACAAGUAAUAAUUUACAAUUAUUAGGUUUGCUUUACUACAAAAAAUUUGAUAAAUUAUUAUUACUAUGUGAUAAACUAACAGGCAAUACGUCAUUUAAAGUCUAUAAAGAAGUUCUAAAUUUAAUGGAAGCUGAAUUAACAGAAGAGUCUAAAGAGUCGCUAGGAAAAUGUAUAUCAUUGUUGAAUAACGCUAAAAUGAUUGAGGAAAAAAUGGAAGAAUCAAUCAAAAUCAUGGUGGAAAAUGCAAUUAAUAGAUCUCAAACUAAAGAUAUUGCUGCACAAGAACAGAUGUUCAAGAACUGGGAAAUUAUUAGGGAAACCAGGCUUCAAGAACAAACAAAAAGAUUAGAUAGAAUAAGGAGAAUACAAUCUAUAGAAGAAAAACAAAAAGAGCUAGAAAAGGAAGAACAAAAGCUGUGGUUCUUUGAAAAUGAAGAAAAGAUUGAUCUUCAAAUAGAGGAAAAAGAACAACUUGAAGAUAAAAGACAAGUGAAAAGUAAAGUACAUGAUAAAUCUGAUGAAGAUUAUAUACCUCCAGAAAUUUUACCACAGAAAAAGUAGUAUAGUUCUUAUGUAUAUUUAUUUGAUUAAUGUGUAAUAGACAAUUAAAGACUUUUAA